CCUGGAAUGACAAAAACUAGUAUUGGAAGUAUAGGGGGGAAAAAAAUUGCCCUUUAUCUUUGUCUUCUCUUUUGGUAAGAAUCUCAUUCUCCUUUACCUUUUCCUAACAUCUUGUCUGAUGAUUACUUGGAAUACAAGACACUUUCUUUGGAUAUGUUCUUAUGUAGGUGGUGGAGAGUCAUCCUGCAGAUGAAACUUCUCUUCUUCACAAAUUAGGUCCUCCAACCUCUGUCUAUUUCUCGAGUUGACUUGAUUUAGCAUGGGUGUGUCCAUGUCUCGACUUGUAAAGUGGUUUCUUGCAAAGUUUGAUAUGAAAAUUCUGAUGCUGGGUCUUGAUGCUUCAGGGAAGACAACCAUUCUGUACAAGUUGAAGCUGGGAGAAGUCGUUGUAACUGUACCAACAAUAGGUUUUAAUGUAGAAGUUGUAGAGUACAAAAAUAUCAGUUUCACUCUGUGGGAUGUUGGAGGACAAGACAGGAUUCGGCCUUUGUGGAGACAUUACUUUCGAAAUACCCAGGGACUCAUUUUUGUGGUGGACAGCAAUGACAGAGAAAGAAUCUCAGAAGCCCGAAAUGAGCUGCACCAGAUUCUGAGUGAGGGCGAACUACGCGAUGCAACCGUACUUGUAUUUGCCAAUAAACAAGACCUUCCUCAUGCUAUGUGUGUUUCUGAGAUUGCUGACAAACUUGGCCUGCAUUUGCUUGGCCAGCGUCGGUGGUACAUCCAGGGUACUUCCGCGAGGUCCGGCCAAGGACUUUAUGAGGGUCUUGACUGGUUAUCCAGCAACAUCCCUCCCUGUGAAGGCAGCCAUAACCUGAAAAGGCUCUUGCACUGACAAUUUGGAAAAACCAGUGAAAAUAACUAGAUGAUUCAAGCUUUUCCGAGAGCUUUUUCUUGUACAAGUUGGUGAGACACCCUUCAACCUAUGAAUCACGGAUACUUCAAAAAUGAGUUGUAACUUGUAUAAAGUAGAAAUCUAUUGUUUCAGAUUUUAUCAAAUUAACUAUCUAUUGAAAAAUAAAAUAAACUGACUUCAGAGAGAA